AUGGACGCCCACGAUGUCGAGGCCUCCAAAGGUCGCAACUGGGACAAGUCCGGCACAGAUGUCGACUACAUACCAACACACGACAAUGAACUACCUCCAGAAGCGCCCAUGAGCCAACAACUCGCUCGCGAACUCACUGCUCGGCAAGUCCAAAUGAUAGCAAUUGGAGGAACAAUCGGAACUGGCCUCUUUCUCGGUACUGGAAACUCGCUGGCGAAAGGGGGUCCUGCUUCGAUGCUGAUCGCAUACUCGAUCGUUGGAGCUAUUGUCUUCAUUACGAUGUUGUCGCUGGGCGAAAUGGCUGCCUUCAUCCCGGUAGGAGGGACUUUCUGCACAUUUGCUGGGCGGUUCGUUGACGAUGCGUUUGGGUUCGCACUGACCUGGAACUACUCGUUCAACGAUGCUGUGUCGACAGCUGCCGAUCUCAUGGCACUGCAGCUCCUACUACAGUACUGGACCACCACCGACAACUUCCCUGGCUGGGCACUAAGCUUGAUCUUCCUAUUCAUUUUGCUCGCUUUGAACAUCGUUUCUGUCCGAGCGUAUGGUGAAAUGGAGUAUUGGCUUUCGUUGCUCAAGGUCAUCACUAUCAUAAUCUUCAUCAUCCUUGGUAUUGCAGUCAACUGCGGUGGCAACACUACCGGAGAAUACAUCGGAACGAGAUACUGGUACCAAGGCGACGCCCCGUUCGUCAACGGCAUUGGUGGAUUUGCGAGCGUCUUUGUGACGGCCUCUUUCGCAUAUGGUGGCACCGAGUCGAUCGCGAUCACUGCUGGAGAAACUAAAGACCCGCAAAGUACACUACCCAAGGUGGUUCGCAAUGUGUUCUGGAGAGUCUUGAUAUUCUACAUCCUCUCAGUACUAAUCAUAGGGCUGAACGUGCCAUACGACUACCCCAGUUUGGCCACAAAGGACGCCAGAACGUCACCCUUCACGAUCGUCUUCCAGAUGGCAGGCAGCAAAGCUGCUGGCAGUUUCAUCAACGCGGUUGUGAUGACAUCGGUCAUUUCAGCUGGCAACCACGCGCUUUUCGCAGGAUCUCGACUGAUGUACUCGCUGGCCGUCAAUCGCCAUGCGCCUCAAUUCCUUGGCCAGCUCAACCGACACCAGGUUCCUUGGAUCGCUGUACUUGCCACUGCUGCCAUCGGCGGACUUUGCUUUGGAGCAAGCCACAUUGGUGCUGGUCAGCUGUGGUCAUGGUUGCAAAAUAUCGUUGGUGUUUCGAAUCAGCUUUCCUGGAUUGCAAUUGGCUUCGCGUCACUGCGCUUCCGCACUGGUAUAAGGAAGCAAGGCCUCGAGCACCUUCUACCCUUCAAGAACUGGACAUAUCCAUAUGGUCCUGUAGCAUCAGUUGUUCUCAACAGUGUGUUGGUUCUGGUCCAAGGAUGGUCCUGCUUCUCGCCUCGCUUCAAGGCUGUCGACUUCGUCAGCUUCUAUGUUGAGCUCCCGAUCAUGCUCAUCAUGUUCCUUGGCUGGAAGCUCUUGAAGAAGACGCAUUUCGUCAGGUUGGAGGAAAUGGACUUUGUCACAGAUCGCUACGACCAGGGUUACACGCUCGAGGAACGUGAUGAGAUGCUCCGAAAGGCUAAGCUGAGUCCGUGGGCGAAGGGUCAGGGGUGGAAAGAGCGAGGGAAGCGGUCGGCAUGUGGCUCUUCUUCUGAUCAGUCAUGUAUCAGAACUAUGUCCCCUCUUCUACUGAACCCUUGA